ACUUUUUCACAACCAAAAACCAUGACAGAACACGAAAUGCGAAUUAAUGAGGAAACUGCUACGACUGCCUCAAAUCAACAAGUAACUAACACUGAAACAAAUAAUGAUACGUCAUUAACUUUAUUUCACAGUUCUAGUAUAAUAGAUCGUAAAAGUAAAUUUGUAGCACAUGCGAAAAAAGUUCUAAGUAAAGAAGGGGCGGAAUCAUUUUGGAGAGAAGUACAAGCAACUGAAAAGGGAGCAACGCAUAAUAUAUUAGCUUUUCGUAUACAACUUUCUGAUGGAACUAUCAUAGAAGAAUAUAAUGACGAUGGAGAAACUUACGCAGGAAAUCGUGUAUUAACAUUGUUAAAAACAUUAGACGCAAAAAAUGUUGUAGUAGUAGUUACAAGAUGGUUUGGAGGUCAAUUGCUGGGUCCAAUAAGAUUUGAUCAUAUUUUAAAAUGUUCAAGAGAAGUUUUAGAUAAGGGAUCAUUAAUCAAUACAAAUAAACCUUUGACAAGUAUUAAUAAACGUGUUGGAUAUUCUACGAAUUCUAUUAUUGUUAACGGAUGUCAAAGAGGAAAUCCUGUAUUACAAUUUAUACGUAAUGUACCUUGGGAAUUUGGUGACAUUGUUCCUGAUUACGUAGUAGGUCAAACAACUUGUGCUUUAUUCUUAAGUCUUAGAUAUCAUCGACUUCAUCCUGAAUAUAUUUACAAUAGAAUGGAUAAAUUAGUACAUUCAUAUGUAUUAAGGAUAUUAUUAGUUCUUGUUGAUACAGAUAGUCAUAAAGAAUCUAUAAGAGAACUUACAAAGAUAUGUGUUAUAAAUAAUUUUACAAUGAUAUUAUCUUGGAGUUCAGAAGAAGCUGGUAGAUAUUUAGAAACUUAUAAAGUCUUUGAGCACAAACCGCCUGAUUUGAUUAUGGAAAAAAUAGAAAAUGAUUAUUUAUCAAAACUAACACAUUGUAUGACACAAAUUAGAUUUGUUAACAAGACAGAUGUAGUUACUCUCGCAUCCACAUUUGGAUCCUUAAAAAAUAUUAUGGAAGCCACACCAGAAGAUAUGUCGAUCUGUCCAGGAAUUGGCGAACAAAAGGUAAAGAAAAUACAAGAUGCUUUUGAACAACCAUUUUCUGUAUUAAAAAAACUUAAUAGUAGUAGUAAACAUAAAGAAAAAGAAAUAGUAUUGAAUGAUGAACAAGAUAUUUUAUAAUUUAUAAUAUAAUAGCAAACCAAAUUUACAUUAAAUGAACAGAAUAUAAUAUAU